AUGCUUAACGCAAGGGGCAUCGUGGUCUUUUCCGGCGGAAGUGCUGCCAACAGCCUUGUCGACGUCUUUGAGACUGUGCGAGAAAACAAGGAUUGCCCACUGAGCUACAUCAUACCCAUCAGUGACAAUGGAGGGUCAUCUUCCGAACUCAUCAGAGUGUUCGGCGGACCUGGCAUUGGCGAUGUCCGCAGUCGGCUCGUUCGACUCAUACCCACUGAGCCACCGUCGCCCGAGAGAUCAGCAAUCUCGGCUCUCUUCAGCCAUCGCUUGUCGUCGACUUCUUCCGUCGACGCGGCCGCCGAGUGGCAGCUGAUCGUCUCAGGGACCUCUGAUCUCUGGAAAAGCAUCUCUUCAGCAAAGAGAGAGAUGAUCCGAUCAUUUUUCAAUCUCCUGAACCUCGAGAUACUGAAGCGGGCGAGGCCCUCGUCCACAUUUGAUUUCACCUCUGCCAGUGUCGGAAAUCUUUUCCUGACUGGCGCAAGACUGUUCAGCGGCAGCUUCGAGUCUGCCAUCUAUCUCCUGGGCAGCAUCUGUGCGAUACCAGAUGGCGAAGUACGCGUAAUUCCUAGUAUCAAUUCCAACUUCUCCCAUCACAUUGCGGCAGGCCUUGCCAAUGGCGAGGUGAUCAUGGGUCAGAACAACAUCUCCCAUCCUGCAGCAGCAACGGCCUUGGACAUGCCAACGGUCUUUCCUGAUCCCGUCAUGGGCCACAGGGCCCGCCUCAGUCUGGAUCAGACGGAGGAGGUGGAGGAUGCCAACGUUCCUGGGACGCUUCCCAGCCUUCGUGGAAGAAACAUAAAAUUUACUAAAGACCAAGAUGAAGAUCUGCCGGCUCGAAUCGAGCGGAUAUGGUACAUCAACCCAUACGGACAGGAAAUGCUUCCGCCUGCAAAUCCGCGGGUCAUCUCUGCCAUCAAGGAGGCACAGGCGAUUAUAUACUCCAUUGGAUCUCUCUACACCUCCACCAUUCCAUCUAUCGUUCUCAAAGGUGUCGGUGAGGCUUUGCGCUCGACGCCCGCUCGCCACAAAAUCCUCAUUCUCAAUGGAUCAAUAGAUCGUGAGACCGGCCCCAGGUCCCACCCAUUCACUGCUUUCGACUUUGUCGAAGCCAUCACCCGUGCUGGCGAACAGUCACGGGGUAACUCUUGGAGACCGAUCCUCCACACUUCACGUUCGGACGAAACUCUGCAUUCCUCGGUUGCGACGUCUCCCACGACCCGCAAAGGCGAUUUUCUGGUUCCUGGGACAAUGGCCCGACCCAACAUUCACACUCACGCCCCGGACAAGGAUUCCGUUUAUCGAAAAUAUGUGACGCACGUCAUCCAUCUUAAUGGAGAAGGGACGCCGCAGGUUGACCGCCAGCAGCUUGCUUCUCUUGGCAUCGACUGUUUGAAGCUAUAUGGCCGCAAGAGCGACAAGGGCGUCAUGCUAUAUGAUCCGCAGGCCCUUAUUGGAGCGAUUGAGGCCGUCCUCGGGAAAAAAGGCGACGCAAUGGUGCUGACCAAGAGUCGUAGAAACACUUAUGAUGGAUAG